UGCAAAGCAUCGAAGUGUUGCUGACUUGGAAAGGAAAAUGAGCUGUUGACAAAGACGACAUACAGAUAUCGAUUGUUUCGGAUCAUGCAUCGAACCUACAGUGGUCCUGGAGGGGCCAUCAGAGAAAUAAAACUCUGCCUUCUUGGGGAUGCUGGUGUGGGAAAGUCGUGUUUGGUUCAUCGUUUCGUAUCGGACGCUUUCAAUGCUGCCUCAAUGCCUACCAUUGGGGCAGCCUUUAUGACCAAAAUGUUGCUUGUGGGAGAACAAGCAUUUAAAUUCAAUAUUUGGGACACGGCUGGACAGGAAAGGUUCAAAAGUUUGGCUCCACUGUAUUACAGAGAUGCUGCUGCUGCCAUUUUAGUUUAUGACAUAACAAGUGAUAGUUCAUUUCAUGCAUUAAAAAGCUGGAUCAAGGAGCUAAAAAGAUAUGGCCCCCCUGAUAUUCUUAUAGCCAUUGCAGGAAAUAAGUGUGAUAAGGCUGAUCAAAGAGAGGUGCUUGAGGAAGAAGCAGAAGAAUUUGCUAACAGUGAAGAGGCAAUAUUUGUGGAAACAAGUGCUCGAACAAACAAGAAUGUACAUUGGCUCUUUGAAGAGCUAUCUCGCAAUCUACCUCAAGAACAAGUUGACCCUCCAUCUGGAAGAAGCACUCUUGUACGACCUAAGGAAGCUGAAGAAGUAUCAAAUAAAGCUUGUUGCUCUCAAAAAUGACAGUCAAGUAAACAGACAAUAAUAUAAAACUUGGCUGGAAUUCCUGCACACAAGAUGCUGAUCUCCAAUCAAGUUUUUAGAGAGGGCUUGGAACUACAAAUUUUUCCCUUUGGGAACAUACAGCCUACUUUGGCAGGAGCUUGUGAAGAGGUUGAGUUGAGAAGACAGCAGACAUCUCUCAGCAAAUGAAAUUAACUCAUAAAUAAUGAUUUCUAGACUAGAAGACAGUUAAAAUUUUUUAUUGUUGUGAAAAAAAUUAUAUGGAUUAAAAUCUCAGGGUUGGUUUUCCUAGCUGAAAUGUCCCUAGAGCAGCGAGGGAUCUCACCACUUUCCUAAUAUCUCAGACUUGGUCAACAGAAGGAUUGCUUAUAAUUUGGAAAAAUCAUGAGCAUUUCAGUUUACAUUCUUAAAAAGGAUGAAUAGGAAGCAGUGAAAUCCUCAGUAAUCUUAAGGUUUCAGACCCUUGGAACCCAACUGUGACAGAAUGUUUUACACUUGGUAGCAGUUGGUCAACUUAUAAAUAGGGGCUGUGAGAAGUAAUAGGCUGAGGGCAUUGUUAUUGACACAUCAAAAAUAUUUUCAUACACAGCAUACUUAAUUUUACUUGCCAUGCAAGAUUAUUAUACAGAUGCAAAUAUGAUAGAAAUCCAUUCCAUCACAGUAUCUACCAGAUGAAUUUUCCUCUUUAAAAACCUCAGCAUGAAUGCAAACCCUUUCACUCCUAAGAUCCCAAUAUCUCUUUUCCUCACUGUCUGUCAUACAUUUCUUACAAUUUUGGCUCUGAGAAUUUGGUAUCAAAUUGUACAUUAUCCACAAGUUGAUGCAUUUCUCUCUUCUCAACAACUUUGUUCAGGAAAAUGUAUUGAUACUGUAAGGAGAAAUUACUAAUAGGUCACUCCAAGGGGCUUUGCUACUCUAUUUUUUGUGUGUGAAUCAUUGAAAGCCACAUCAUGUAAAAUCAGAGUUUCUGUUUAGAGGAUGUUCAUCACAUCCACCUGUUCAUCUUAUAAAUCAAUAAAGGAAAGAGAAGUAGA